AUGGCUCUUGGAGUGAACCGAUUGGCUGUGAAGUUUUGGAAAAGUUUGUAUGUUUUUGCUUUCCCCCCUCUGGAGUUUCAAGUUGCCGUUAUUCCUGCAGAAUCUGAUGAUUACUGGGAACUGGAACAUCCAGACAGCAGUCACAUCCCCUGCCACUCCUACGACAAGAAAUGCAUCGCCAAGCACUACGCUCGGAUUCGCGAGAAAACGCACAACAAUGGGAGGUCAAAGAACAACCACAUCCGUGACGAGCCACGAAUAAUGGGACCCUGUCAUGGGCAGCUGCAACGAGCCCUCGAAAGGUUUGCGAUGUCAUUGAGUCAGACUCAUGAAAACCUGUACCAUAUUCCCAUCCCAAACUGUGACAGGAAAGGAUUUUAUCAUCCCAAGCAGUGUCACCCUUCGCUGGAUGGACAAAGGGGCAAAUGCUGGUGUGUUGAACCGAAAACAGGGGUAAAGCUGGUCGGCUCUCCAGAGGUGAAGGGAGACAUUGACUGUCAGCAGUUUCUCCUGGAGCAGGAGAAGGACUGAGUAGGUGCUUCUGACAGAAAGAUGCUUCACUGUUCUUUCCAAAACAAUCCACUGUUCUUUCUGAUACUAUCCUUGUAAGAUGGAGAGGGAGCUACCACAAGUUGAGUCAGUGUGUUCUGUGAGAUGCAGGAGUAUGCAGUCAGAGCUCAUUUGAACCUCACCGAAUCAGUGCUCAGUUACCUUGACAAUCACCGAAUCCUUUUAAGCUUUUGUCUGCUCCUUAUAGAAGUGUUUCUGUUAUCUAAUGUCUUCCAAUUUUGAUAUUUUUCUGAUGUUCCUGUCACUUGUUCCUGUGGGUUUGCCCCUAUUCUCAAUCUCACACUCCAGACAAGUCCCAAUCUGGGCACCCCAACAGUGGUCCUGUAGCCUGUGGUCAGAAAAUUAGUGAAUGUCAGGUCACUGUGUAAUCUCUGAGGGACCACAAAGGGAAGUCCCUUUUCACCUGUGUGCCAGUCUAUCCUAAUGGUGCUAACUCCCCGAGCAGUCUGAACCAAACUUUUUGUCUUGCAACAACCAAACAAAUUAGUUGUGUCCUUCCAGUGAACCUGGUGCUAAACAGUCUCACUGCAGCCCCUGAGAAAGGGCAUUGAAAUAUCGGGGAUGGGGGAGACAUGUGCGAAUCAGUAUUAACUCCUACCCAGUGCCAAUAGGGCACUGACACUCCAAAUAAAAUCAGCCACAUCUCACUUAGUGCCUCAUUCCCUCUCAGCGAGAAGCCCAGAAACCUGUUUCUUGCAGGAGCCUGUUUAGUAUCUGCUCACGGUCCAUAGGAUCUUGAUGCAGUGUUGAAGGGGUUUGCGUUGUCCGUUGGUAUUUAGGGUAGGGUGACCCAACCAGGUGACCCUUAAAGAGCCCUUCCUUCCUUCUUUCUAUUCUCCUCUUGGUCAUUAUUCUGCCCCUGGCCUUAGUCCUUCUAAUGGCACUCAGUGGGUUAUUCAGACAUGUCCUCCCAAUGAUAUUAACAUCUCACUCACUCAGCCUGUGUCCACUUGCAGUUUAGUUAAACCCUGUGGAUUCUCAUUGAGGUUUUAUAAAUCUCUUCAUCAUUUAAUGAACAAUUUAUACUUUGUCAUAAUCCAGGUUUUUCCAAAUCGUUUCAAAAUAAAACCAACAAAUUCCAGGAGCAGCUUACAAUUUACACCAAAGAUUGGUGUGGAAUUAGCAGGGUCAAUCUGAAUUGAAUUAAAAGAAGUGAGGGGUAAUCUUCCCAGGCUGAAGAGAGAGUGUUAUUUGUCUGUUCCAACUACAGGAAUGACCUGAAGAUGUAGAAGGUGCAAAAUGAGAAUGUUUGUAUUUUUGAAAAGGGGAGGGUGGCAGAAGGGAUAUUGAGGGGGUAGUAAUUGAGCCAUUGGGGUAGAUCACUGGAGAGAGAUAGUUGGCUGUUCCUGCUGCUGUGGAGAGCAGUAAUUUCUGAGUAACAGGGAGAAGAGGAAUUUAAAAUUGUCUCCUGAUGCACUGUGAUGCUCUCUGUGCCUUCAGAAGACAGUGGUGCCCCAAUAGUGUCACUGUAUGAAUAACCUAGAGACCCAAGGAAUGGUUUGACAACAUGGGUUCAAAUCCCACCACACAAACUGGUGGAAUUUUGAUUAAUUUAAAUAAAUCAGGAAUUGAAAGCUAGUCUCAAUAAUAGUGGCCCUGAAACUGUCAUUAAAUGUUACAAAAACCCACCUGGUUCACUAAUGUCCUUUAGGGAAGGAAAUCUGCCAUCCUUACCUGGUCUAACCUACACGUGACUCCAUACCCACAGCAAUGUGGUUGACAUGUAACUGCCCUCUGGGGGGCAAAUAGAGAUGGGUAGCCUUGUCAUUGGUGCCCAUAUCCCAUGAAAGACAAAAAGGAAAUAAUCUCUGUGUUUGCAUUAUCCUUUCAGGAAGUGAGACCUGAGGUGGUUUGGGCUGAUACUCCACUUCAGCAUCAUUGAGUUGGAUGGCCUUGUCCUGCCUCUGACUGUGUCUGGGGGGGGGGCUGCAGCUGAUGAGUCCUGGUUAGGAGCACAGCAAAACAUGGCAGCUAUUUGAAGGAUUGUUGGCCUGCGAGAGAUGAUCAAACCCUCUGUGUUCCACACACACUGUGGAAUAUUCAAUGUUGCAUUAAUUCUCCUGGCACCUAUACAUUUCAAUAGUGAAAGCGCUAAUCAAUGAGAUUGAUUACCUUGUUUAUAUUUCCCAUUAUUGGAACUGCCUUUAUAUCUGAGCAGCUGGCAGUUACUCCUCGUAGCCCAGUCUGGAAUGGUUGAAGCAGAGAGCAGGAGACAAGUGGGAAAAUUUGGGAAUGGGAGGAUGCUGGUGUGGAAUAUAAACAACCAUUUGGGACUGUUUCUGUACCAUAAUAAUUUGUUAGCACUACUGGAUAAUUAAACCUCCCUGGCCCCAAACUGGGAGGUCGAACCCUUCCCUUCACUUGAGUGAAUGGAUCUGUUCAUCUUCAGCUGAUUGACUGGGACAAUCCACACUGAAUCUCUCCAUCGGGGGUGGAUUCAAAGUCCUUCAGUGUUUCUAUCCCUGCAACAGGGAGAAGAAUGGUUGAGCCAAAGAAUAGGUUUUUCCCCAUUGUAUUCUUUCCCUGGAAUGAGGUGGAAUCUCUGCCAUGUGACACUUUGGAUACAUUGGUAUUUCAGACUGUACAGGGUUCAGACUGUAUAUUGGCUCAGACUGUACAACAGUUUAGAAUAGCUGUCUGGCAUUUAGACAUUGAGUUCUUUUUGUAAAAAGUGGGGUGAAAACUAUCUCCCAAACAACAAAGGCUGAUAACAAGGAGCCAUGAGAUAAAGCAGGGGAAAGACGUCAGAAACCAAGCCAGAUUAGCUUGUGGUGGAGGAUUUCAAUCUAUUCAGUAACUCGAUCAUCUAGAAAACAUUGGUGAGAUUGGUAUUUGAAUCGAGAGCAAGAUGGAAGGGAGAAGGGGCGAUGGAGCUGCAGGAGUAAAUAUCCUCUCAGUCCUGGUUGCCAAAGCACCUCAUGGAGAAACUAAGAGCUCUCCUCAAAAUGAUUGCAGCUGAACUUAAUUCUGGAUGUCUUCAAUGGUAGGCAUAGAGGGCCCCUUUCGUGGUGCAGUGGUAGCAUCCCUACCCCUGGACUGGGAGGCUUGGGUUCAAAUCCCACCUGCUCCAGUGGUGUGUAAUAACAUCUCCCAACAGGUCAGUUAGGAAAAAAAUAGAUUAGUGGUAAACAGAGAAACAGGAAGCAGUUCUAGUCUGAGCCCUUUCCACUCUGGCCGUUACCUCGGUUUAGAAAUGUGAACCCUACUCUGAGAGACUGAGUCCAGACCUGAAACUGCUACCACUCAGCAUGGAAGUGUGCAGCCUUGCGAAUGUUCAGGUUGUCUGGGCUGAUCACAGGAACAUGCACCAUUACUGCCUGCUGAAACAAUCAGUGAGAUCCACCCUACUCGUUCACAUGCUCGAUUUAACAUCACCUUUUACAGCAGGGAAUCCCCUCAUUGGUCAUCACUGUGCUAACAACAAGGUGACCCAUGACCUCAGUCACAAGGAGGAUUGCUACUGGGAAGAUGCUCAUUGGCCAUUGGGAGUAGAUUCACAGCUGAGGUGUUACCUUGUUCACAACGUGCCAUUUCAAAGCCAGCCCCUUCGGGGACUAUAACCAUCGGUCUCACCCCCUCAAUGACUUCCUGAUGCUGAGACCCAGGUCAGACUGUGUCAGGAACCAUCAGCUAAUGGUUAGCUGGAGGAGAGGGUUAGCACUCACGCUGUCUGCCUGUCUGACAGUCUGACAGUCAGAGCUGACAAUGAUCCUGGGUUCCAGGGAGCAGUGAGCACUUAGAAUCCCUACAGCAUGGAAGGGAUUGAUUCUGCACAGACUGUCGGAAGAACAUCCUGUCCUAUCCCCAUGACUCUGCGUUUAGCCUGGCUAGCCCACCUUAACCUGCACAUCUUGGAAUGUAGAAGGAAACCCACGCAGACACAGAGAGAAUGUGCAAACGCCACACAGACAGUCGCCCGAGGGUGGAAUCGAACCCAGGUCCCUGGUGCUGUGAGGCAGCAGUACUAACCACCGUGCCGCCCUGCUGGGUGCCAACUUUUUGGGAGCCCAGUAGAACAGGGCUCUGCUCACUCCAGGACAGAAUAUUUUUUAUUGCAAAAUAUAUUUUAUUCAUUAAAAAUCUUCAUGUACAUUCACAAAUAUUAAAGCAGUUCUGUAUAGUCUAUGCAAAUCAAGAUAAACAAACAUUGGAAUCUGACAAUGCCUGCUAUUGUAAAAUCUGAAGGCAUUUUUACUUAUGCAGGACUAUAUUUAUAUUUGAGGCCCCGAAUGGGUCUGAUAACUGAAUGGACCCUCGUUAUACUUUGAUCUUGGUCUUCUCACACUGCCAACUGCCCCAAGCUUUCGUGCAUCCAGCAGCACGUAGUCCUGGAUUUUGGAAUGUGCCAGUCUGCAAUACUCAGUCGGGGUCAACUCCUUGUUCUGGAAGACCAACAAAUUUCAGGCAGACCAAAGAGCAUCUUUCACUGAAUUGAUGGUCCUCCAGGCACAGGUGAUGUUUGUUCUCGGUGUGUGUCCUGGGGAACAGACUGUAGAGCAGAGAGUUGCGCGUCACGGACCUGCUCGGGAUGAACCUCGACAAAACCCACUACAUCUCUCUCCAGAGUUUCUUUAAAAAGGCACGUUCCAGCAGGAAGUGUGUGACGAUCUCUACACCCCCUACAGCCACUUUGAGGGCAGCAUGUGGUGGCACACACUGACCGGGUGUGCAUACAGGAUCUCACAGGCAGAGCCCUUCUCACCAACAGACAAGCAAUGUCCUGGUGCUUGUUGGAAAGUUCUGGUGAUUCUGCCAAAUGCUAGUCUGCUCAGGGAGUCACCUGAUAGGAUCCACCCUCUCCUUUUCCCUUAGACUCUCAGGGAUGCUACAUGCUGACAACUUCCUGAUGGACUUGUGCCCAAAGGGGUCUUCCUUUACAAAUUGUUCCCUGAGGGACAGGUUACACAGAACCACCCAACUACUUGGAGCAUUCCACAGCAGCUAGGCCAGACCCAUCCUUCCUAACAGUGGGGACAGGUAAAACCUCAGUACAUAGUGACACUUGGUGUUUGUGUACUGAGGGUCUACUCACAGCUUGAUGCAGCCGCACACAAAGGUGGCCAUCAGGAGAAUUGAUUUAACCAGCAUCGUAACAAGAUCAGACCCUGAAUUGAUUUCUCCUACUUCUACCAGGCUCUGCUCUUUCAAUCUCACCUCAUGCUUGGUGUUAUGAAAAUGUGAACAGAAAUUCAGUUUGUUUGAUGUUGUCGAAUGGGGUCAGGCUCAAUUGUGACCUGUUAGUGACGGGAGAUGGUGUGAGAAACAGAGCGGAGGUUCUGAUGGCCCUGUAGCUAUUUGUGGACAAACAGUGGAAUCCAAACCUGAUGAUAUGACUUUCAACGGUACAGAUCCUGGGGACAGGUGACUACCAACACAGUUGACCUAUAUAUGACAUUUACUGGUGACAGUCAUUAAUAGCCUGUGAUAUUCAGAAUCUUUUUAAAACACUAUGUUAGAGCGUGUUUUUGCAAAAUAUUGGAAUGUAAUAAAUGCAGAUUCCAUUGGUG